CAACAACCAUGUGCUGUCGUAAAUGAAAUAUUUAUUUUAAAACUAAGCUUGAAAGUUUUUGCGUCUCAUUUGAUUUAAGUAAUGUAAAUAGAAACAAGGACUUCAUAACUGCUUUCCACCUGUCGUUUUGGAAUUCAAAAAAGAAGGAGAAUACUUGUUUUUGACACUCGAAUUUACCGGCUUUCGUAGUGUCACAAUGAAGUUGUACUGCUUAAGUGCUCAUCCAAAUAAGCCAUGCAACAUCUUAACUUUCAAGGGCACAACAAUUAUGCUGGAUUGUGGUCUGGAUAUGACAUCAGCUUUAAUGUUUCUACCUCUGCCAUUGGUUUACAGCUCCAGGUUAUUUAAUUUACCAUCAUGGACUCCUAGAAAUACUAGUGAUCCUCAAAUUGAAGGGGAAUUAAAAGAAUGUAGUGGAAGAGUUUUUGUGGAUAGCUGUCCUGAGUUUUGUCCACCAGAGGAACACAUUGUCGACUUCUCCCAAGUAGAUGUCAUUUUAAUUUCAAACUACCAAAGCAUGUUAGCUCUACCCUACAUUACCGAAGGUACUGGAUUUCAUGGUGUUGUAUAUGCUACAGAACCCACUCUCCAAAUUGGAAGACAGUUUAUGGAAGAACUUGUAACUUUAAUCGAAAGGACACCAAAAAUUCGAGCUGCUACUAGAUGGAAACAAGCUCAUGUUGUAAAAAAUUUGCUGCCUCCUUUAAGUGAAGCAUUGAAACCCAGGUCUUGGAAGCAAGUCUAUUCAAUGAAAGAAGUUAACAGCAGUCUGUCAAAAGUUCAAGUUGUUGGUUUCUCACAAAAGCUGGAUGUGUUUGGUGCAUUAAAAAUAUCAGCCGUUAGUUCUGGUUAUUGUCUUGGUAGCUGUAAUUGGAUUAUUUGGACGGCACAUGAAAAGAUUGGUUACAUUUCUGCUUCUUCAACAUUAACCACCCAUCCAAAACCAAUGGAGCAUUCGCAUUUGAAAAAUUUUAAUGCUCUUAUUCUGAAUAGUUUGACUCAAACUCCUUUAGCUAAUCCUGAUAAUAUGCUUGGUGAUUUAUGUGUGACUGUGGCUGUUACUGUCCGGAAUGGUGGGACGUUUUUACUACCUUGUUAUCCAUCUGGCGUUGCUUUUGAUUUAUUUGAAUGCUUAUCAGUUCAUUUGGAAUCAUCUGGCAGUCUUCAAGUUCCAAUGUUUUUCUUGUCACCUGUCGCAGAAAAUUCUUUAGCAUAUUCUAAUAUUUUGGCUGACUGGGUAACUCAGAGCAAACAAUGCAAAGUUUAUACUCCCGAAGAACCAUUCCCUCAUGCACAUCUACUGAAGGGAGGACGUCUGAAAGCAUUUAGUAGCUUAAAAGAUGAGUCAUUUAGUCAAGAGUUUCGAAGUCCUUGUGUUGUGUUCGCUGGGCAUCCAUCACUAAGAUUUGGGGAUUGUGUUCAUUUCAUGGAGCUAUGGGGUAGCAAUUCAAAUAAUGUGAUCAUUUUUACAGAACCUGAUUUUCCUCAUAUGGAAGCACUUGCUCCAUAUCAGCCUCUUGAAAUGAAAGUUGUCUAUUACCCAAUUGAUACCAGCUUAAGUUUUAACCAAGCUAACAAGUUGAUACGGGAAUUAAGACCUUCCCAUUUGUUGUUACCAGAACAGUAUACAGUUCCUUCCCCUUUGAACAGACAUCGCCCUGAUCAGAGUCUUACAAUUGAAGCAGAAUGUAACAUAAUUCCUUUCAAAAGAGGCGACAUAGUAAAAGUUCCUAUCAAACGCAAAUGGGAGCAUUUGAAUAUGUCAGCGGAGCUGGCCGAUAAAUUAAUGCCAGUUGAAUGCAAGCCUAAUGUUUUUAUUGCUACAAUAACUGGAUCUGUGAAUGUGAAGGAUAACAAGUUUGAUCUGAAGGUACUUAAGGAAGACCCAGAGGCAGUUGGGUUAAAAAAGAAACUAGCUCUGUCAGAUCAUUGUUUGCCUUCAUCCUAUGCUUGUGAUUCUUUGGACAUCACCCAGUUUUUGCAGAAAUUGAAUAAAGAAGGCAUUACCGAUGCUAAAGUUGAAGAAAGGCCAUCUGGAUUCAUCAUCGAUCUGCAAAGUCAUGACAUUUUAAUUCAAGUUGAAGAUCAUUCAACCCAUGUUAUCUGUGAUGGUGAUUCUGCCAUAAGAUCUAAACUUCAUGAUUUGAUUUUGGAAUGUUUGAAUAAGAUCUGAGUCAAAACGGCCCCAGACCAAGGCGUUAGACACCUGCGACUUUUCCAGAGACAAAGAAGAAAAAUAAUCAAACCAACACAUGAAGAAGAUCCAAGGACAAGAAGGACAAUGGCCCAUGUAGGAAAUGAUCGUCCUGUUUUUUUAAGAAAAAAUGUACAUUUUGUAAAUAAACUUAUUUAAAAAAUCAUGUUACUAUUGAUUUUGCUGUAAUACAUGUGAAAGUUAACUAAACGUGAAACUGAGGACAUGUUCAA